AUGGCGCAAGUCGACCUGAAAGAGCAACUAACCCAGCUCGAAGCAGCUCGCAACCUCGUCCUCUCCGACGCCGCACUCUACCCCCAAGUCCUACAGGGUAUCCUACCCAUCAUCGGCGCAAAUGCGCGAUUAGACCUUCGACGAUGGGGCGCCGAUUUUCUUGCGGAGACUUUCGCAAAUACGACGCUGCCUUCAGACCGCAAGGAACAGCUCGCUGGUACAGUUCUUCCUACGCUGAAUGAAUACUUGGGCAAUGAAGCGCAGGAUGUGGCAGUCAUCAAAAGCACGGUGCAGACGGCGUCGAGUCUGUAUCCGCUCGUGUUCAGGCAUAUAAUUCACCAUCCAAACGACGCGGCCAUGUGGGAUCAAAUCACAGCAAUAAAGCAUAAUAUUCUCCAGAGAAUGGACACUGCACCACAUCCCGUCAGGGUAUGCUGCAUCAAGUUUGUGCAGAAGGUUGUCCAUACUCAGACCCCGGGGCCGAUUGCUGAUCCACGACGACCUGAGAGAAAUGAAACUUCCAUAGCCAUUGUGCCUAGGACGCAUUCAUUGCUAUCCAUACCGAAUCUCGAAGCGGAAGCGUCUGGUUUGCUGGACCGGCUGCUUACUGUCCUUCAAGAAAAUGCCGAUGAUGCCAUUCUUGUCAAUGCGACCAUCAACUGCCUCGGAAUUCUGAUUCGCACUCGACCUACCAUCGCUAAUAAGAUACUGGAAACAUUAUUGAACUUCAACCCUAUCAAAGUAGGUAACGGGCCUUUGACGCCUAGUAUGCGUGUCAAGAUCAAGUCAAUGGAGCGGACAACGCGCGCUGUGCUGAUCAAUCUACUGAAAAGAAACCCUAAUCAUCCCCUGGCCGGAAAGAUGCACCAACACAUAGAACGACUAGCCCAGAACUGCAUAGAAGCAUUCGAUGCAUCUUCCCGGAAACGCGCACUACCAUUUGAACCCACAGACGGUCUUGACAACGCAAAAAGAGCCAGAUUGGUUGCCGAAAGCCCUCCGUUACUCAAAAUAUCUCCUCUUCCCGAAGGACCUAUUAGUUACUCUCAACUGUAUACCCUCACAGAAGACAUUGGACUGUCCUCAUUUGACGUCAAGCAAUUACCUCCCGAUCUGAUUGUCAAAAUUGCCGUAGCUGUGCUCGGACGCGUUGAUCCUAAUGCUCUCGCCCAAGCGACUGAGGGUAUUCGAGGUCGAUAUCAAACUCUAGUAGCGCGACAAGCACAACAAGCCAAGGCAUCCGCGGAAGAGGAAGACGACGAAUAUGAGCCCGAAUAUCAACCUAUCGACAUCCCCUCGACCGAAGCUCAAGAUACUGCAGCCCCUAUAUUCGACUUGGAGCCUGAGCUAGGACCAUUCCAACUCAGCAGGCCUCCACCUUUGACCGAAUACGAAGCAAACGAAAUAGGCCGCGCAGCCGCCGAUCGCGUCUUCGAGAUGAUGAUAGCUACUCCCUUCAAAGCAGCAGCUACCACCAAACCUGCAACUGCUGGCGGCGCAGCUACAACUUCAUCUUCAUCCUCUGAAAGAAAAGGCUUCGCGCGUCUCGCCGGAGGCUCCCUCGACACAAAAGAAGCAUGGAUAACAAUGCUAGUCCGCAUGGCCACGCGGGCACCCUCAAAACUCGAAGCCGCUGCCGGCAGCGAAAUCACGACCUCUGACGGCCGUCCCACAAUAUCAAACUACAUCCGCGAACUACUCUACCGACACAUCCUUGAGGACUUUCGGUCACGAAUCAACAUCGGCAUCAUGUGGCUGAACGAAGAAUGGUACAAUGACCGCAUGCAAAUGAGCGCCGCCGCAUCACAGCGUUACGGGGAAAAGAAGACUGAUGAAGACGUCUCCGUGCCGCUGCACUACGAUUCAUGGGUUUUGAGGUUGUUGGGUGGCAUAUUACCCUAUCUGGAUGCAAGGGAUAUCAAGAUUUUGAUUAGAUUUUUGAGUGAGAUUCCGGAGGUUACGUUAUCCAUCAUUGGGCGCGUGCAAACUCUGGCCAGGGAUCCGGAGCGCAUUAAUUUAUGUGUUCAAGCUUUGCAUUAUCUGAUAAUGUUCCGCCCGCCGUCGAGGGAGAUAUGUCUCAAUGCCUUGGAGGAGAUAUACAGCACCUACGAAGAAGCACGCCCAGCAGCCAGCAAAGUCCUCUCCCGAUGGCGGCCGGAAGUAAUUGCGUCCCAACAACCCCGAGAGUUGCAUAGUGCUACUAAUGGUGCGCAACAGCUUACCACCAAUGCAUGA